AUGACCAACUCCAAACUCACGCUCUUUGACAUCCCCAGCAAAGGCCGCCGGGCAUGCUGGUCACUCAACCCCUGGAAAACACGGAUGACUUUGAACUUCAAGAACAUCGACUACCAAACCCAAUGGGUAGAAUACCCUGAUAUUGAACCAACCCUCAGCCCCAAUGUUCCCCCAAACCCUCCUAGUAGUGGCGCGCCGGCGUAUACAAUUCCGGCCGUCCAAUUCCCCGACUCCAGCUACCUGAUGGACUCAAAGCCCAUUGCCUACCAUCUUGAAUCCCUUUACCCAUCUCCCCAUUUGCAUCUUGAAUCCCCUUCUCUCUCUCAAGUUGAGGCUAUUAUUUCAGAACUUAUGACGGCACUUGCGCCCGAGUCAAUGCCCCGUGCACCACUCAACAUUCUAAAUGACUGCUCAGCGGAAUAUUUCCAGAGGAAGAGGGAAGAAAAGCUAGGAAUGACGUUCGAGAAAUUUGUUGCAGCGAAAGGUGGGGAGAAAGCGUGGGAGGCUGCAAUGCCGGCGAUCACCCAGCUGGGAGAAGUGUUAAAGAAGGAGGAAGGGCCAUUUGUCCUGGGCACGACACCAUCAUACGCGGAUUUUGUGAUUGCCGGAUUCCUGCAAAUGUUGAAGUGGAUGGAGGAGAAAGCUAUGUUUGAGCGUUUUCUAAAGAUCGAGCCGGCCUUGGGAAAACUGUAUGAAGCUUGUGGGAAAUGGCUUGAACGAGAUGAUCAUUAA